UCAGAGCGACCAACAAAAUACACUUUGCCCUGUUCUGGUUUCUUGUCUGUAUUUUUAAGUGUGUUUAUCAAAGAAGGCGAGAGAUGGCAUUAGCUGGAGUGCGUGUGAUUGAGUUAGCUGGACUUGCCCCGGCACCCUUUUGUGGAAUGAUCCUGUCUGAUUUUGGAGCUCGGGUGAUCCGCGUUGAUCGGACAAAGGUCACCAUGGUGGUGGACUCGCAGGCAAGAGGCAAACAGUCUGUUGCUUUAAAUCUGAAGAGUCCACAGGGUGUGGAAGUGCUGAAAAAACUGUGCCUUCAGUCAGACGUAGUUCUUGAACCCUUCCGAAAAGGGGUGAUGGAGAAGUUAGGUUUGGGACCUGAAGAUCUGCUGAAGGAAAAUCCUCGCCUUAUUUAUGCUCGGCUUACAGGAUAUGGCCAGAGCGGCUCCUACGCCAAAGCUGCAGGACAUGACAUUAACUAUGUGGCCAUGUCUGGACUAUUAUCCAUGUUGGGCCGCAGCUCAGAGAAACCCUAUGCCCCGCUGAACCUGGUAGCUGACUUUGCAGGAGGAGGCCUGAUGUGUGCUUUAGGGAUCGUUCUGGCUUUGCUGGAGAGGAGCAAGUCUGGCCAGGGCCAAGUUAUCGAUGCCAGCAUGGUGGAGGGAGCAGCGUAUGUGGGCUCCUUCAUGUGGAAGUCUCGCAGCGUUGGUCUGUGGAAUCGGCCUCGUGGGGAGAAUUUGCUGGACAGUGGCGCUCCAUUCUACGACACGUAUCAGACCUCUGAUGGGAAGUAUAUGGCUGUCGGGGCCAUCGAACCUCAGUUCUAUGAUCAACUGAUCCACGGCCUUGGAUUGGAUGCUGGCUCCCUCCCGUCCCAGAUGAGCAUUUCUGAUUGGCCGGAGCUUAGACGGACAUUCACUCGGGUGUUUGCACAGAAGACACAGGCGGAGUGGAGCAAGAUCUUCGACGGGACAGAUGCCUGCGUGACCCCAGUGCUGUCCCUGGAUGAAGCUGGAUCACAUCCUCAUAACCGAGAGAGGGGCUCGUUUAUAACGGACACUCAGGGCGAAGUCAGUCCUCAUCCAGCACCUGUCCUGUCUCGCACUCCGGCUCAGCCAUGUCUCUCUCGUGAUCCUUUAGUGGGUGAACACACUCGCUCUGUGUUGGGAGAGUAUGGUUUUGAUCCGGUACACAUUGAGAAACUGCUGUCAGCAGGUGUGAUAGAAUGCAAUGAAUCCAAAGCACGUCUGUAGGAUGAAGCAGCAUUAUCGGUGGUGAAUCACUAAUCUUACACAAACACACAUGCACACACACAUACAUACACACUUUCACAUAAAAAAACUGUCAACUUGUAUACUUACUGCCUUAGGGAGAAAUCUAAUGUGUGAAGCGUGAUUAAGCUGUUGAUGCCGAGGCUUUUAACCAAGUGUGCAGAAAGAACCAGCGCUUUGCAGUGAUUAAUUUUCUUCACAUCAAAGAAUUUAAGACCUACCUGAAAUCUGAAGUCUAUGUAGUCAUCCUCAUUAAGACCUUAUUUCACAGCUGAGAAAUAUGCUUCAGGUUGUUUCAUAAUAAUCUCUAUGCACAACAUAGGUUAAAUAUCCCUCUAACACAUUUACUUAAACCGCUACAAUACCAUAGAUAUAAUGGCACACAAAGUCAGUUUCAAAAUCUAUUGUAUAAACAUUCAAUCCAUCAUUAGUUAACAAAAAUCUCAGACAGGGAGAUGAAGAGCCUGAAAACAUCACACCACCAGAUGUCAGAUGCAUAAAAUCUCUUCUGUUGAGGCACUGGGCCAUUUUGGCAGUUUUUUUUUUCUGUUUGAAUAUGUAUUUAAAUAAAUUCACUUUAAAUGUCACUGCCACAUAAUUUGCUAUAAUUGAUCUCCUAAAGGGCGACACGGUGGUGUAGUGGUUAGCACUGUCACCUUGCACCUCCAGGGUCCGGGUUCGAUUCCCGUCUCUGUGUGCAGGGAGUUUGCAUGUUUUCCCCGUGGCUGGGUUUCCACCAGGUACUCCGGUUUCCUCCCACAGUCCAAAAGAUAUGCAGGUUAGGCUAAUUGGCGUUCCCAAAUUGCUCAUAGUGUGUGAGUGUUACUUUAAUUUUAUUAAUUACAUUUUUUUAAGCUUAAAUAUGGUAUGAGGAUAUGAUGCUCAAGUCUUUUUGAUUUUCUGAAUGGAUAUGGAGGACAAAAGGGAUUUUCGUGUGUGUAACAUGGUAUUUAAAACCCUGGGAACAACAAAGUUGAGACACUUUCUUGUCCAAGGUGACAAUUAUAUAUGAUAUAGUAGACUAUGCUUGAGUCUUUAGCCACACCACUUAUUUCCUCAUUCUGUAGUUUGUUUCCAAAGAGCCAGAUGUUCUUGUAUUUUUACAUACAAUCUAUAUAAAAUCUAAAUAAAUCUAUAUAAAUAAAAGAAAGGAUUUUGUCUGUACAUUGAAACUUGUCUGACUUGAAACCAGUCUCGGAAGAUUGUCACAACAGAAUGGAAAACUGGCUGGACAGAAUUUAAUUAACCUUUUUUUAGUACUUGGUUAUCUUUCUGAAAUGUAACCUGUACCAUAAGUGAAAUCAAAAUGUUGAGUAAAAGUGAUGUUAUGAACAGUUAUGUGGCAGAUUUAAUAACCUACUUUAAAAUAACCUGUUAAUUAGAUACUUGUUUAUAGUAAACAAACAUCUGCACCAAUAGAUUUUAAUUAGUAAAGCUAACCUAAAUAUUUUUACUUAAAUUAUGUAAUAUUUCCAUCGCCGAAAUAACAGUGCUUAAGUGGUGUGAGUGAAUUUGAAUGCGCUGGAGUCGUUUUAAGACAAAACUUUAUCAUGACUGUGCACCAGUGCACAAAGCAAGAUCCAUAAAACAUGGAUAAGGAAGAUUGGUGUGGAACAACUUGACUUGAGAACUGACCUUAAUCCGAAAAACCCAAAUCACUCAAACACACCUUUGGGAGUAAUUAGAGCGGAGACUGUAAGCCAGGCCUUCUCAUCCAACAUCUGUGUUUGAUCUCACAAAUGUGCUUUUGGUUAAAAAUUCCCCAAAGACACUUCAAAACCUUGUGGAAAACCUUUAAAGGGUUGAAGCUGUUAUACUAUAGAUACAAACGGAUCAUUUGCAUGUGAAGGCAGGCAAGCGAACACUUUUGGUAACAGUCAGUAAAUAAAAUAAUAAGUAUUUUCAGCCCACGUAUUAUGCCUUUUCAUAAAGGGUGCAAAUAGUGAAAUCAGUACAUUCUGUUUUGCUGUCAAUUCUUCAGUACUCACUGAUUUCAUAAUAUUUAAUAUAGGUAAUGAGCUUACGGUAAAAAUUAUGAUUGCGACUAAGCCACUGUAUAAAUAUUCUUUUUCUGUAGUAUUAAAAAUUGCAGCAGUAGUUAAUUAAAUUUCCUUAAAAUAAUAACAUGAAAUAAAAAAAUGCAAUUAAAUGCACCGACAUGGUUUUAAAUUGAUUUAUGUGUACUGUUAUGCUCACAACUUUUUUUAAGUUGACUUGAGUGAGUAACAUUUAUAUUGUCUAAUAUUUCUUUCAUGAUUGAAAAUGCCUAUUAUUUUAUGCAGUGACUUUUAAAACACAACAUUACACAACUACAUUGUGGUAAUACAUUGAUUUUAAAUGAAACAUGAAUGUGAGACUGAUCCUCAGCAGUCAAUUAAAGAUUUAUUAUACACUAUACUAGCCUUAAACAUGCCUAUUAAACUGACUGUAUUACAGAUUUUGUUGUUUGAGAAAAUUGUACUGUAUCUGAUUAAUUCUUGGAAGCCUGAGAGAACACUGCGUUCCUGAACAUUAUUAUUAUAUUACAUUGAUUAAAAACUUUCAAACCUG